AUGCUAAUCGCUGCCUACAACUCCAUCUCCAGUUGGAUGGCACGCUCGAAGACCGACUGGUGCACGGCAGAGGCAGAAGACAGUGAGGUCGGCAGUCAGCCCACAGAGCACUCCUCAACGACGUUUUGAAUCUAUCACGACGUUGAUAGAAGCGAACAGGCAAGUUCCAGGAAGCAGUUCAGAAGACGAAAAUGCGAUCACUGUAACAAGCAAUCUAUUGGUCCGACCUUUCGGAUUCCCACCCGAACUCAGCAUCUGCGAGUGUCUCUAAUGGUUAGUUCAAGUGAGAAUGCGAAACGUCAGGCCAAUACCUUUUUUGUUCCUGUGAUCGCAUAUUCGUCUUCCAUCACGACGUGUUUAGGCUUGUGGCCUGGAAGACUGUCAGCAUGUGGGGUAUGUCGGUUUUGGCCAGUACCGAGUCUCAAGCAGUAUUAGGCCCUGCUUUAGGUGAUCCUAACUGCGGGAGUGCGGUGCAUGCAUUAAGGACCGUGUCGUGUGCGACACAGAACCGUUGAGAUCUGUCAGCCACUGCGUCCCAAUUCCGUUUAUGUCCUCUUGAGAGUGUUUUGUCAUUGGAGCCAGGCGAGAUAAGAGAAGAGAGCGGCAGAUUCUGCGCACGUAUGCCUCAGUAAAACUAACACACUCUUAGGUCACCGGUGCUGCGCGCACUUCGUCGGACAUCCGACGGACGCUGUCGUUCGUGACGGCCGAACUGUCCUGCACUGAUGUAGUUUGACAUGUCUACUUCGUCCCCACGCAUGUUGUGCAUCUGUUGUGAGGACCAGUUCUGUGACUAUGAUGUCCCCUUUUUGUGCGUAAUUGUUCGGCGCAGAGUCUGCUUAAAUGUUGUUGUUACGACAGACACAUGUCGCACGUGUCAGGCAUUGCGUAAACAGUCGCAUUCCAGCGCGACUUAGAUUUUGGAAUUCGUGGGCGCAUGGGACUUGGAAGAGACAGUGAGGUCAAUACACCUCUGAUAGAAUGCAUCACUUGCUCACUAAUACAUUGCGUGGCCGAUCUCAUGAAAUAUUGGCCGAAAUUCUGACAAGGAAGGAUUACUUACACGGCAUUGUAAAACGUACCAUCAUGCGAGACAAUCUAACUGUAUUUUGAGCUCGCCAGAAUCUGGGUUUUUGAAUGAAUUUCUCCUCAACCUCCUGCACAAAUCACACUCGGUAAAAUGACUGCCUAAGUGGCAUGCAUCUCUUAAUAUUCGUUUUCCGCGGUCUUAUAAAUUUCAGUAUAUUUUAUAGAACGAAGGCACACAAAUAUGCUUUCUUUUUGCCCAUUUGGUAGAACUUCCCGCUAUUUAUGAGAUUUUGAAGACCGUUAAAUUUCCAUUCCUACUGCAUCCUGUCUGUACGUUUACCAACGCUCCUCAUGAAAUGUUCGGCAUAGACCGCAUCCAUUGCAAACUUUUCUGAACUGCGUAUGGAGGCUUCCUAAAUACGUCAGGAAAUAAAUGAUUUCCCUUACGCGAAAGGCAUGCACUUUGCAGCCUGAAAUUGCUGAACCCAAAAGCAACGGCUGAUCUGGCUGAGGUAUUUUAAAGAAUAGAUAAACAUUCUCAAAACCUAAAUAUACACUUUCUUAGGGCAUACAAUGUAAAGAAAACGGGAUUUUUUAACAAAUGAACAAAAGAAAACAUCUUUUGUGCAUCUUUUUCCAAACAUAUAUCUAAAUUUAUGAGACCACCGAAAAUCAGUGUUAACCAUGCAUGCCACUUAAGUGGUCAUUUUUUACCAAAUGUGAUUUCUGUGGGAGGUCGGAAAAAAUGCGCUCCAAAGUCCGAGACCCCGGUGAGCCCAAAAUACUGCGGGAUUAUGCCGCAUGAUAAUCAGUUUUAAAACACCACGUAAGUAAUCCUUUUCUGUCAUAAACGUACUUCCGAAUUACGGCUCAAAUGUCAUGCCAUCGGCCACCCACUGUUAGCUAACAAGCAGACGCUGAAAAUGCCCCUAAGUAUUAAUAGUCGUACCUCAGAAGGUUGCUGAUAAACGGCAUAGAGCUGUGUCAACUGAGACUGAGAAUCAGCACUUUAUUGCACCAUCGUUUGCUUUUGACAUGCAACUGCCGAAAUGAAUUCUGGUAGUGUAAAAUGUUAGGUUUCCUUUACCACUGAUCUUUCGAACUAUUUUGGGUGACUCGAUUUUUUCUCGACUUUGAAAAUCGGUGUAGUCUCAACUCACGUCUGCUUCAUUAUAAACAAGCACCAAAGCAAGUCGGCAUUUUGUUGAGCAAUAAGACAGUAGCUUCGUUGUUAGCUUGCGAAUAACGGGUUCCACUUUGCAUUUGUUCCAGAAUAGUUAACUUAAUUAAUUUAUAAAGCAGAUAUGCUGUCUCAUGAAUUGUCGACUGAAAGUUCGAUAUUUGUUUUCAGUUCAAAAAAUUAAUAUUUAAAGUUAGGUUGCCAUGUUAAUUGUCAUGUCAUAUAAUGGUAAGAUAUUCCAGUCACGUCCGGAUGCCGACUUUUGAAAGGGCUUUUAGUCCAAUGUUUGUAUAAGCUACAAUCAGCAAAAAUGACUACCUAAGGAGCAUGCAUUUUCCCCCUAGAUUUGUUAUGUCAGCAUAUGUUUAAAAAAAUUAUCUAUUAUUAUCUAUGUUUUAUAGAAAACAGGCAGGAGAGCGAUCUUUCUUUUAUUUUUUUGGUAGCAAAUUAGUCCUCUUCAAAUUAUGUCCAGUAAAAAGGAGUGCAUUUUGGUCUUAAAAACGUCUUGUUUAAAUUUUAUACUUGAGAAAACAUUAUAUACCGGUCUUUAGAAAGAUUUUAAAUGUGAGAUUUUUAAGACCGUAAAUAGUCCAGUCAUGCAUGAUCGCACCAGCAUAUUAUUUAAUGAUGCUUAUAAAGUGGACCACUUAAACCAUACUCAUUGCAUAAUUUUCCCAUCUUUAUAUGACUUCUCUCAAAUAACAUAUGGAGCUGUGUGAUAUUCCUUGCACGAAAAGUAUACAGCUUGUAGUUUGGAAACCCUGAGUGCAAGUGUAAAUGCAAGCGGGAUUCAGAAUUAUUUAGGAAGCUAAAACGUUUUUAAGACCAAAAUGCACUCCUUUUUACUGGACAUAAUUUGAAGAGGACUAAUUUGCUACCAAAAAAAUAAAAGAAAGAUCGCUCUCCUGCCUGUUUUCUAUAAAACAUAGAUAAUAAUAGAUAAUAAUUGAGACGACAUCCAUCAGCCACAGAGGGAUUACCGAGUAAUAUUCAUCAACUGCUAGAAGGAAAUUAUUAGUCUAUUUUAGGACUACAAGACACCAUACUAACAGCACAGGUACUAGCUCUAGUGAUCAUUUAACGCCAUAAGAGGACGUCGGUUGCCUGAUGGAAUUGUUCGAAUUUUUGCCAUCACGUAUAUUUACAGAUUAUCAGAUGGAGCGAGUACUGAAUUGUAGAAAAUGUGUCAAUGAUGUUACAUUGUGUCUGCAAAUCAGGUCUUAAAUAUGCAAUGCGGGCGAAGGGACAAAAUUUCAGUUCGAAUGGGAAAAACUACAAUUUCCUCACGCAUAUCUGUCUUUGACACACUGGAAGCCAGUUACCAUCAAGUAGCUCAACUAUCUAAAUAAGAAGCUUUCAUUUAAGAAAGUGCGUUUUGAUAGUCUAUUUGAGUGAAAAUUAUACUUACAGUGUUUCUACAAGCCCAUGCGGGCGUUUCCCCUUUAAAGCCUAAACACCAUCAUAGACAAUUGCUUAUAUUUAUAAACGUGUGGGGUAACUGCAUUUAAAUGUAUUGGCACUGUUUGAAAAUAACCUCGGUGCCUUCAUUCCACACAUAUGUUUGCUUCAUCGAUUGCCCAGAGAUACAUGUUGGUCCGGACAUUUUUCAGAAUUUCUAACUAUGCCUUUUCAUCCUUCGUAGAUUAUUUGAGGUAGACCUCCCACUAACUUCUCGCUCUUGGUCCAUCGUUGGCCCCAUAGCUAAGGUAAUCCCGUUUUUAUUUGCAUUUGGUUUAAUAUUUCCCGAAACUACUUUCCGAACCUUUAUACAGUCUAGUUUUAACUACAAUUAAAGUCUGUUCUGCUUUUCCUGAAAUGCAUGCUAACUAAUUAAGUGACCACCUGGCACUGGGUGUUGUAAGCUAAAGAUUUGAGGUGUUAAUGGGUCAGUUUCAACAAAUUAACCACUCAAAUGGUCGAACGGGUACUCUUGCCUGAGAAGACUGCAGUUACAUCGCCACCGUAUUCUGUCUGGUUGGGAUAAAUUUCGAACUCUUUCUCAUGUCGGGGUCAGUCAUGACCGGUUCUCGAGGGAGACGCUGACGCGGAUCCCGUUAUGUGGAUGGAUAAUCUAGCCCAAAAUCAGUAUUGCUGAUGUCCGUGUGCAAGUUUCACUGCAGUUAGUGGGAGUCUGUGUAGCAAUUAUAGCAGCCACAGCAAAGCGGGUGGAGUCGGGUCAUUUGAAGUGACGUAGCACCAUGAUUUGUUCUUCUAAACUCCCGCCUCCAAACCAAAGUACGUUCGACCGGCGGCGCGGAGAAAGUUGUCACACACUGAUCUGCAGACGCCUACCGGAUGUCCAAUGAGGCCGAAUUUAUUUCCAGUUCAUCUGAAUCUGCUCCAAUUGAGACAAUGCCUCCACAGACGAGGUUCGAGCCUGCGUAAGGUCUAUUCUCUUCUCUCACGGAGAGAAGUGGAUCUACAAUUUCCUAAUCUGUUCCCUGUGAUUCCUGAUAAGCUUUUGUGCUGUAAUUUGGGUGUAGUUUGCUGGUUCAAUUUCCACUGGUGGAUCUACAGGCAUAGGACGCUAAAAAGCUAGGUGUACAAACAAAUAAUAGAUCUGUAACCCAUCAGCUACUGCUGCUUAUCUGCGUACUGAUCACCGGCUGGCGUCAGGCAGUCACCAGUAUGCUAAUACUAAAUGCUUUACCAUACUAAUCGGCUUAUGCCUGGUACACAUGCUGUCAAUAUCGUUAGCCGUUCAGUAGUUGCGCAACGUUCCACUAUAUUAUUCUGACAGUGGAAAUUUCCGCUUAUGGUUAGUCGGACACAGUGAUGUGUCAGCACGCCAGGUUGAGCUUUUGACUUUAUGUUGUGCCUCAGUGUGAAAAAGAUCAAAUAAUUAACUGUCAGGUCAAAUAUGAAACGCGGACAAUAUUCUGAUAAGCAAUGUGUUUGAACGCCUUUUGUCCAUUUCCUUUUAGCCGCUGUGCAUCUCCGUUACUUUUGGUAAGCUAUGCUAAUAUAAGACAAUUCGGACACUAAGGCUGUUGUUGGUAAACAGGUUUUUGUAGAAGGAAUAAAUCUAGCCGAAAAAGCGUCCUCUUGCAUGAAAGAAACAAAUAAUCAUGUAAUCGCACAAGUCUCUGUAACGCGUUUUACAAACCUAAUAAGGACAUCACCAGUUAAGUUUUAGGUCGUCUGUAAAUGCAAAUUCAAUUAAAUCUAGACGGUAUACGGGGCCCGAAGUGGUAAAAAUACGGACAGUCCAUAGAAAAGGAAAUAUAACAGAUAAAUGUUAGAAGAAAAAUAUGCUUAAUAUGCAGUAUUAUAUGCUAUACUCGGCUGUAUGCAUAUGCACUUCAAUGGGACUAAUCAAGGUAUUGAUGUUUCAGGAACACCUCGUACACCCGACAGCCUCUUCACCGCCAGCACAACCAAUUUCCAAUCUGCCAUUGCGGCCAACACCAUCAGCAUCACCACUAAAACCGAUUCUACAUCUCCUAGCCUAUCCCGCCCGCAUUGCCCUCGCAUAUGCUCAUAACACAUCGGCCUGUUUGGUUAUUAAUAAAUUCAUCGCAGAGAGACCAGCACACCAGUGUCUAGAGCACCAACAUACACUCGUCGCCAGCGUGGCUGUGCCAUUCGCCUCCCCCAAUCUCAACAUCAGUUGGUUGAUUUAUUCGGACUGGUGCACAGAAUAGAGCAGAGAGACUGAGGACGACUAUAAGCGCACAAUGCUCACAAUCUGACGUGUUCUAAUCCACCAAAGCAUGCUGCUGCGGGUCCUGUUUAAUGUAGCCUGUUUGACACUCACUCAAGUUGAUCCGCACCGGUGUGGUUUCACAAAUUUGGCGUGUGGCACGAGUUUAGGUGGGCCAUCCACCUGCCCCCCGGUCUCACCUCCGGUCUUCUUGACUACGUUUUAACACGGGGACCUUGGUUGGGAUGGAGGAGAGAGGUCGGUUGAUGUUGCGCAUGUUUACGAUCAUUGUAUUUUUCAGUGUAGGUGUUGUUCUGUGGAGUUUUUAUUCGGCCCUUCUUCGGCAGAAUGACAUUCGCUGACCUGCACCGUCCCGAGGAUCCAGUGCUGCUAAAAUGUUUAUAUUGGCUUAUUUUUCUUCAAUCCCCCCCCCCAGAAGUAAUUCUUUGGUAGGAAUGAAAAUAUAUUCUUUUCGACUGAAUUCCAGUUCUGACCUUAGUCGGCUCCAAUCGUAGCAGGAUAACAUUCGCUGAUCCCUACUACCCCGAGUAGUCAUUGCCGUAAAAUUACCCUUUUGGGAUCAUAAUUCUGCACCACCAACACGUACUUCUUUAGUAAAAGGCAUGAUAAAACGUUUUCAGUCAGAAUCCAGCCAGGCACUUUGAUCGCCCUAAUCGAGGAAGGAGGACAUUCUUUGAGCCAAACCGACCCGGGAACACUGUUCUGCAGCUGUGUUUGCAUGGGUUUAUUGCCAUGCCCUUCCCACACGUAUUCCAUGUUGUCAGUUAGGUGGCUGUCAGAAACACACUUAUCGCUGUCAUGUCCGAGUAUCCAACGGAAAAUAUUGUGACACGACUUUUUCCGUAUCCUCUAGGAUUUACAGACUGGUGCCCCUACACCGAAAUUAUCACAGACAGAGCAGUCAGAUUUCCUUUGUGUGUAAAAGGUUACAUACACGGUGAGUAAUUCGGUUGCCGUGGCGUCGCCGUAGACGUUAGACAUCCCCAAUAUCCGACAGAAGAUUUUCGAACGUAUUUCUGCUUGUUUUCUGCGCAGGGAAAAAAUACGGUCUGUAUUUUUGAAACCCUAAGUGCUUGCAUAGCAGCAGGUCAUGCUCAAAACUAGUCAGGAAUUAGAAAGGCUUUUUAAAACCAAACUAUACAUUUUUUCGAGUAUAAAAUCGAAAGAAGACUUGAUUUUCUGCAGAAUAAAUAAAAGACUGUAAUAUCUUUGCACUUUCAAGGGCAUUGAAAAUCGAUGAGAAAAUUGCAUGCUACAUAAGUAGUCAUUUUUUGUAGAUUCUAUUUCCUGAAUGCAGUCGGAAAUAAGUUCAUUCGAAAGCCAACACCCUGAGGUAACUGGGCAAUUGUAGAAUCAUCCUGCAUGAUGAUUAGUUGUACAACCCUAUCUAAAUAAUCUUUUAGAAUCGAAAACGCAUUUCGAAAUUUCGGUUGACAUUUCAUGGGUUAGCACACCUACUAUAUGCAUGCCAGCCACCUACGCCCGCUCUUACCUCCGGUCUUCUUGACUCUGUCAUAACACGGGGCCUCGUUUGGGAUGGAGGAGAGAGUGCGGUUGAUGUUGUGCAAUGCCAACAUCAUUAUAAGCUAAAUCGAUCGCAAGCAACCGUCCCUGUGGUCGCUUUGUUGUGGGUCACAGGGCAAAUCUGGUCGAAAUCAAAGUUCGAGCUGUCGAAUGUUAAUUAAUAUGGUUUGCAAGAAUGUGAUGUGAAACGCACAGAAUGAAAUAAAAAGCAAACAAGAUGGUAGAGAUAAGGAAAAAUCGUGGAAUAAUUUACGUCUGCAGAAUGUUAUUACCGACAAAUAUAAUGGAGACAUUGUCGGUAAUACCAUUCCGCCUAUAUCAUGCGCCGCUGUGCGGCUGCUGGUUGGGGCACGAGAGAGAGUCCAGAAGACACAACGGUACGAGUUAGUUCCGUAAGAACUAUCGUGAGCGCCCCCUACCAUUAAUUUAUAUCUGUAAGCGUAAACUAAGACUUCAGCACUGGAACAGCAAAUUCUCAGACAGUUUAUUGUCCAAAUGGCGCAUUAAAUUAACGAAAACUUUCAAAUAAUAAGGCAAUUACGAUUAGUAGUGCAGAGAGGCUCUUAAAGAAUAAGUUAAAAUAUCAUCACAACAUUAUUCCGAUAUCAUUUCUUCGACAUUCGGAGUCAUAUAAACGUCGCAAAGUGAGACUGAGAGCACGUAGUCCUCUUACACAUCCAAGCAGGGAAUAGUGAAAUAUCAUGUAUGAGAAGCUACUCUUCACCCAAACGUAGGCCCUAUUACAUAAAUCCGCUCACACUUCACGAACGCAUGUAUAGAGAACACUCCCACACAGCUAUUCAAAUCGCCGAAUAAAAAUAUUCGGCAAAAUGAACGGUUGGUAACGUUGUACACUUGCCAAAACAAUCCCAGUAACUUUCCCGCAACAAGCACUUUUGGCUGCAAGGUCGGGCUUAAAAUAACCGGCAUUAGAAGAAAUAAAAUGCAGCUCAUUUAUUUCUUAAAUUCACAUCACACUGCAAAUGCAGUAAAUUCGGACAAUUACAGUUGGCUGCUCUCAGCCAGAAUCAGUUGCAGUCGUCAUUCCAUUCCGAAACCGAUAGGUUAAACUCUCCGUCUUUCUCAACCACAUGCACCCCUUCAUGCGGCAUUAACGUCGACGGUUUGCAAUCAGAAAUUUGCUCCAACUGAAGUCCGGCUAGUGCGCAGUGCAUAAUAAGCACCAACGGCUUGUCUACGCGCACAAAUCACACUCGCAGUACAAUCCGAUGAUGGUACGCUUACUACACCAUACUUCUGAGGUGGUUCUAGUACAUUAGUUAAUACAUAAAAUGUCUUAAAUCAUUUGCUCAGAUAUCAAGGAGAGAUUAUAUCAAUGCCAAGAGACGACCAUUCCAAUCAGCUAGGCUAUCAUCAGCCAGCCAUCUCCCAACUGCCUGGCAGGAAGCACCUGAUAUUUAAAUACGGUUCAUACCAGCAAUCGGCACUGGACCUGACAAAUUUACCAGUUCAAUCAUAACACAGUUUCAAGCCCGUUGAUAUCGUUUUCACCUUUCCGUGUGGCACCCGCACUGAUGUGAUGUUUGUCUAUAUGUUCAAAAUGCCUGUAUCUUGUAGAAGGUAAGAGUACAAUAGGUGACCUAUUCCACAUUAUGUUCAGCGAAAUUCUGACGCUUUUUAAAAGGAAGGAUUAUUUAAGUGAGGUUGUGGAGGAUGAGUCUGUAAAGCAGGCAUGUUUACCCGGAUGUCCAUAUUAGCGGGUGAAUGUCGACUGAAGCUUAGGUUAUAGGAAUGCCCAUGUGUGCGUACAAUGCGUCGGUUAAUACCACCAGCCGGAAUUCCCUUCCUACCUCGCAUAUCAGACUGUUUGUACGUACGAAAAGGCCACGAUUUGCACCCCCCUCGGGAGUCCCCUCGUCUACUAUGCACAGCCCUUCCCUUCCCCAUUGAAACAGGUCUGAUUGGCCUCUGUUACCCCUACAGGUUACACCCCAGACAUUUAAUCGGGCUGCACUCCUUAAUAUCGGGUACAGGUAGGCAGUGAAAGCGGCCGAUUAUUCUUGCUCCAUUUUCCACGAUGUUGACCUCCUACCCGAGGAUGACCGAAUGCUAUACGCGUGCGAGGAUCAGCCCCUCCACAUGUCUGCAACUAUCGAUAAAUUUAAUUAUUCGUAAGUCCUUCUUCCUCAUAGUUGGAGCUCGCUGAAUGGUGGUACUCGACAUUUGUUCUAUCGAGUCAUGCCUAUUUCGAUGUUGGUUGUUGCUGAGCUAGGUCUCCAGUGAGAAGUUCCCCAAGUCAAAAGUCAAUGGGACAGAUGUGAGUGGCACAGUCUUUACUCUGGCUUGAAGAAUGCAGAGUGGCCCAGUCAGACGCAGCAGAUGUUUCGGUCACUGUCGUCGAUGGGCCGAGUAGAUGGCAGAAAAUAUACGUUAUAUCACGUCCUAGUGUUCAGUUAAUGGUCGUCCAGGGGCGGUUUUACUAUGGAUUCAGGUAACAAGAAUGCUUCCCGCGUGGCAACGGGUCAUUCAGCUUCAUGACUUGAUUCCUGAUGGUUGUUAUCGAUUCGGGCAAUGAGAAUGUCCUUUUCAGAAGAAAAAAGAGGACUAUAUUAAAGAAGAAGAAGAAGAAGAAGAAGAAGAAGAAGAAGAUGAUGAUGAUGAUGAUGAUGAUGAUGAUGAUGAUGAUGAUGAUGAUGAUGAUGAUGAUGAUGAUGAUGAUGAUAAUGAUGAUAAUAGUGUAGAUGCGACUGCUGAAACAGGAAGUCUAUUGGCCUGA